ACUACUCUAAAGCCCAACACCGCGAAAACUUUAAGCAAUCCGGCGGCGUUGAGCAAAGGAUGGUGGGAGACGAAGGAAAACUUGGCGAAAGAGAAGAAGAGGAUGGAGGUGAAGAAGAGGAGCAAAUUGUUGAAGGGCUGGGAUUGUAUAAGGGAAAGGUGAGGAUAGUGAACAGUGAAGAGCCAUCAGAGGAGACGAUGCUGCUGUGGGGAAUACAGCAGCCUAUUCUCUCAAAGCCCAAUGCCUUCGCCAAACAGUCUUCCCUCCAACUCCGCCUUGACUCUUGUGGCCGCUCUCUAUCCAUUCUUCAAUCUCCUUCCUCUCUGGGAACUCCAGGAGUAACUGGUUCAGUAAUGUGGGACAGUGGAGUUGUUCUUGGAAAAUUCUUAGAGCAUGCCGUGGAAUCAGGGACUGUUUUGCUUCAAGGAAAGAAGGUCGUUGAAUUAGGCUCUGGCUGUGGAUUAGUGGGGUGCAUAUCAGCACUUUUGGGUGCUCAGGUUAUUCUUACCGAUCUUCCAGAUAGAUUGAGAUUACUGAAGAAAAAUGUUGAAGCUAAUCUGUAUGGAGAUGUAAAAGGUUCUGCAACAGUGACUGAACUUACCUGGGGAGAUGAACUUGAACCUUUUCUGUGCGAUCCUUUGCCUGAUUAUGUUCUGGGGUCGGAUGUAAUUUACAGUGAAGGAGCAGUAAUGGAUUUGUUGGAAACACUUGUAGACCUCUGUGGUUCCGAAACAACAAUUGUUUUGGCUGGUGAACUUAGAAAUGAUGCCAUCCUCGAAUACUUCUUAGAAGCAGCUUCGAAGGAGUUCAUUGUAGGGCGUGUUGAUCAAAAGCAGUGGCAUCCAGAUUACCUCAGUCCCCGUGUUGUGAUUUACGUUUUAGUGAAGAAGUAACCUGGUCUUUUGCUUUGAUCUAUUUGAAGCUGUGUUUCUGCUCGACACAUUUUAAUAUUUCUUGAACAUAUAUGUCUUAAGCUGUAUACGUAAUAGAUAGCUGUUUGCUUUACGUUGAGUGUCUUAUAGUAUAGUUUUGAAUGCAAAAAACAGUGGCCCUUGCUUUAUGCUUUAGAGUAUACUUAAUAGUGAGGUUUUUUAGCGGUUUUUGAGGAGCUUUUGUAAGUGUGAUUAGAAAAGAGAAAAUAUGAGGGGAGGAAAAACAACAAAACAAAUCUGAUUAAAAAAAAAUUAAAUAAAUAUUUGCCGGGUGCGUGUAGUA